UGAGAGUGUGAUUGUGUGAAGACUGUGACAAAAGAUAAGUAGACGAACAGCGAGAGAGAGAGAGAGAGAGGCCUGGCGUUCUUCGAUUGCCUGCACAGCCAUUUCUUUGGUUAGAUUUCUUCCGAGGAAAGAUCAGUUUCCGUGAGAGCUAUGUUUUUAUUUCUCGCAGAAUCUCUUCUUUUCUAGCCGAAAAUAUCAGUUUCAGUGCACAUCUUUUCUAUAAAGGGAAACAUUUUCGCCGGAAAUCGUGCUUCUCUGCCAAACUUAUUUUCUGAAGAGAAGCAUAUUUAAUUAUUUGAUACUAGCCGGUUCUUACGUAGAUAAAGGAAAGAGAAAUACUUAUCCAGGGGGAAAAAAACAAGUGAAGAUCUUUCAGUGGAACAGAAUUUUGUUUCCUUUUAUUUUAUUUUGGCGCCAAGUGAAAUAGAUUAGGGUUCCGCGGGGGGUUUAGGGGUGGUGGUCAUGCCGUAUCUGGUCCGUGAUCGUCUGUUCAUCGGCGACAUUAGUGACGCAGCUGAGAUUCUUCAGAAAGGGAGCACUGAAUUCACACAUAUUUUAUCGCUUCUCAGCUCGGCAUCCAUCUCAUUCUUCACUGAAUGGCGCUCCAGUAUAAUUAUUCCUGCGAAGGAAAUCCGAAAAGUUUUUGUCGUAGGGUCGGAAGGCGCUUCUAGCUCUGAAGAUGAUGUAGACAAUGGUUUGAAGAAGUCUUCUCCACCAGAGAAGCUUCUUUAUUCGCUUGAAUAUGCUGGAAAAGAUUUGAAGUUCGUGAGGAUGGCCACUCCUCUAAGAGAUAUGGAAAAUGAAGAUUUGCUGGAUUACUUGGAUGUAUGUUUGGAUUUCAUUCACGAGAAUAGAAAAGAAGGAGCGGUACUGGUACAUUGCUUUGCAGGCGUGUCAAGAAGUGCUGCUAUUAUUACAGCAUAUCUGAUGAGAACUGAACAACUAUCUCAAGAAGAUGCACUUGAAUCUCUAAAGCAAAGUUGUGAGUUUGUUUGUCCGAAUGAUGGAUUUAUGGAGCAGUUAAAAAUGUUUGAAGACAUGGGUUUCAAAGUUGAUACUGCAAGUCCCAUAUACAAGCGUUUCCGUCUAAAAGUAUUGGAUGUGUAUAUGCCUUUUCUCAUGGUGGUUGUCUGGAUAAAAUUCAUUUUGUGCAAGAGUAUGGUAAAAUGGGUGGUCAUGGGUUCAGGUGAUUGUUAUAACCGUGGUGAGAGGAUAGCCAGUUCUAAGUUUGGGGCUGAUCCUGGUCUGUCUACCAAAGUUACAUCUGUAGCAGCAUCUCCAGGUGGAGCAGUUGAGACCAUUCCUGCCUAUCGUUGCAAGAAGUGCAGGAGAGUUGUUGCUCUCCAAGAGAAUGUUGUGGCCCACACUCCUGGUGAAGGCGAGACCUGUUUUGAAUGGAAGAAACGAAAAAGUGGCAAUCCUUAUAACAGGCCAGCUGAGUACGAGUGCUCCUCUAUCUUUGUUGAACCCCUGCGUUGGAUGACCAUAGUGGAAGGGGGUGGGUUGGAAGGCAAGCUGUCAUGUGCCCAUUGUGAUUCUCGCUUAGGUUACUUCAACUGGUCAGGUAUCCAAUGCAGCUGUGGGAGCUGGAUCACUCCCGCCUUUCAGCUUCAUAAAAGUCGAGUGGAUAUCAGCACUGUUUGAUAUAUCUCUUGAGAGCCCACAAGGAUAAGAGCCUUUGUCCUACGAGCCAAGUUGUGGACAGUCUUUGCUCAUCCUGGGUAAAUGAGGAAGGAAAUUGCAGAAUGGGCUAAUACAUUGCCCAACAUCUUAUCAAUAAAAAGUUCAAAAUACUCCUGCUUCUUUAUAUGGUAUGCAAUUCUAGGAUGUAAAUUUUUCUGCUGAGCUUUUUCGUGUGGGCUUUGCUUUCUGUACGGUGAUGGGUUUGAGAAGCUGCAAUCGGAGCUAUUUAGGUAGAGUGAAUUCAAGCUUCUUGUUGUCAUAUACAUUUGCCAUAUAUAUAUAUAUAUUAUUGUUUUAAUAGCCAGAACUA